CCCCGGUCCAAGCAGACAGUCAGGGUGAAAGUAGUCCGGGACAGAAGCAGACAGUUCAGCUGAACUUCUGUCAAAUCUCAGCUUCAGAUCUGCGCCUUUAACUGCGUCUACAUCCUCGGAGUGUUUUGGAUUUUUUUGCGGGUGACAGUAACUGGUCUACGUGUGUGUAGAUGUGUGACAGUGGAGUGUGUGAGGACAAGCCCCCCGCCCCCCCUGUCAGGAUGAGCAGCCAAGGAGGAGGAGCCAAGGACCCCCAGUCAGCCAAUCACAACUCUCGACCGCUGCCGUCUGUACCAGAGGAGAGGAAAUCUAGGAACAAGAUCAUCUCUAUGUUUGCUUCUGAAAAAGGAGGGAGGAAGAAGGACCGGGAUAAGGACAGACCUGAGAUCUCCUCCCCCUCAGAUUUUGAGCACACCAUUCACGUGGGCUUUGAUGCUGUCACAGGAGAGUUCACUGGAAUGCCAGAGCAGUGGGCCCGUCUCCUCCAAACCUCAAACAUCAGCAAAUCAGAGCAGAAACAAAAUCCUCAGGCUGUCCUCGACAUUCUCAAGUUCUAUGACUCCACCAGUGGAAAACAGAAAUACCUCAGUUUUUCCGCUUCUGAUAAGGACUCGCAAUCGCCAGGCAAGCCAGGUAUGGCCACCACCCCAACGAGCGCCAAGGAUGGAGACGAUGACGACGAUGAUGAUACACCACCUCCUGUUGUGGCACCGCGGCCAGAGCACACAAAAUCAAUGUACACCAGGUCAGUGAUCGACCCAAUCCCAGCUCCAGAUGGAGACGCAGCCUCAAGGGCCGCUGAUAAGCAGAAGAAGAAGGGAGGCAAGAUGACUGAUGAGGAGAUCAUGGAGAAGCUUAGAACUAUUGUCAGUAUUGGCGAUCCUAAGAAGAAAUACACCCGCUAUGAAAAGAUCGGUCAGGGGGCAUCUGGAACAGUUUACACAGCUAUAGAUGUUGCCACAGGACAAGAGGUGGCUAUCAAGCAGAUUAAUUUGCAGAAGCAGCCGAAGAAGGAGUUAAUCAUCAAUGAGAUCUUGGUCAUGAAGGAGCUGAAGAACCCAAACAUUGUCAACUUCUUAGACAGUUUCCUUGUGGGAGAUGAGCUCUUUGUGGUGAUGGAGUACCUGGCUGGUGGAUCUCUAACUGAUGUCGUGACAGAGACGUGCAUGGAUGAGGCUCAGAUUGCAGCCGUCUGCAGAGAGGUCCUCCAAGCUCUAGAGUUUCUUCAUGCCAACCAAGUCAUCCACAGAGACAUCAAGAGUGACAAUGUACUACUGGGGAUGGACGGCUCAGUCAAACUCACUGACUUCGGAUUCUGUGCUCAGAUUACUCCUGAGCAGAGCAAACGUAGCACCAUGGUGGGGACUCCGUACUGGAUGGCUCCAGAGGUGGUGACCAGGAAAGCCUACGGACCCAAAGUGGACAUUUGGUCUCUGGGGAUCAUGGCCAUAGAGAUGGUGGAGGGAGAGCCUCCAUAUCUCAACGAGAACCCCCUCAGGGCGUUGUAUUUAAUCGCCACCAACGGAACCCCUGAGCUGCAGAGUCCAGAGAAGCUGUCUCCGGUCUUCAGAAAUUUCCUGUCCCGCUGUCUGGAGAUGGACGUGGAGAAACGAGGAUCAGGCAGAGAACUGCUGCAGCAUCCAUUCCUGAAGCUGGCCAAGCCGUUGUCCAGUCUCACCCCCCUCAUCCUGGCAGCCAAGGAAGCCAUGAGGAGCAACCGCUAAUUCCAGUCCUUAAAGACUCUUUUACCGUCUGCGUAUGAUGAUCAUCAGCAACACGCUGAGAGUUUGUGCCCUUUGAAAAUGCCUCUUUCCUUUGCCCAGUGUUUUUGUACUGAUGCAAGAUUUCUUUUACCUCUGUGCCUUGUUUUUAAAGCCUUAAGGUGCUCUUUUAUCUUUUUGCAGCCACUGGAUACUAUGUAAUCUGAAUUAUGGGAUCGUUUCAGGACUCUCUGCACGCUAAAAACCAAAUUCACAAAUUCAUACACAUUCUGAUGUUAUCACUUGAAAUCCUUGAAUUUUUUAAACUUAGGCCACGUCCACACUAAAGCGGUUUUGUUUGAAACGUAUGACUUUCCUUUGCAUGUGUCCACACUACUCUAGUGUUUUUAAGACUUUCUGAAAAGCUGCUGAUUGUGUUUCAGUUUGGAUUCACUGGGCCUUUUAUGCAGUGUAGACAAACACAGAAACUGUGGAAAAUGAUGAUGUUGACACCCUUGUUUGUUGAUCGAUUGGGUCUUAUAAGUACUUUUGUAUCCUUCCCUGAUUUGUCGAGCCUUUUCAUGUGACACUUCCCAGAAGAAAACAACACAUCACCAAAACCAGCUCAACAUGGACACUGAAUAACAGCUGUUUCUGUUCCUGUUGUCUCUGCAGCUGUUGAAUUCUGCAUUUUUUCCAUGAUACUACUGACUACAUUCACAGCAGACGAGAUGUUAUUUGAGCAGUUUCUGACAAUUGGCAUGUCCACUGGUGUUAUUAGCCCCUGUGUGCAUGAUGGGUGUGUAAAGGUUGUUAGAACGUUCAGAGAUUAUUUCUGAAAUUUCACUAAAAUCCUGUGGACAGGUAUCAUUUUCGUUUUAAAACACAGUUCUAAUAUGAACACAUAUUAGAGUGGAAGUAGCUGAAUGUCCAUAGUCUUGUUCUCAAAGCCAGUGAGAUCAAAAUUUUCCUAAAGGGCUGAGGAAUUCCACUGUUUAAAUUAUUUGGACCAUUAACGACCAUUUGUGCAAGGUAGUAGCUAGGUUCUUGGCGCCUUAGAAUGUUUGUGAAUAGGGAAACGUGUGGGUAUUUGAGUUUCACAGCACCAGCAGGAUAUUCGAUAUGAAAACUGAGAUCUCUGAAAACUGGGGGGAAAUCUGUUCAGUGCAGCUGGAGGAACUGAACAGCUGCAAGAAGAUUUUAAAGGGAAAAUUCAGUCAAUAGUGUAACAGUACAAAAAGGAUAGAUUUAGAAGUCAAAGAUGUUAUAAGCAGUGGGUGGAGGCUGCCAAUACUCCCUCACUCCUCUUUUGGUCGUGCAUUACUUGGUGCCACAGGUUAGGAGGUGUCCCUGACUGGGUUCUGUAGCUAAUCAGUCAGUCCCUAUUAAUUGUAACCUGCAUUACAUUUAUAUUACAUCACCUCUGCAAACUGGCUCUUGGUGUGUAAAGAGACUGGAACAUUUGCAGGUAAUCACCAUACGAAUGUAAAAUCUACAGAUGUGCAUUAAUUUAGCACGAGAACACUUAAAGGUCUGAUGAGAAAGACUUGGCAGGAUCAAUUUGCAUAAACAGAAUAUAAUAGUCACAACAAAGUAUUCAUUAGUGUAUAGUGUAUAAUCACGCUAAAAUGACAAUCAUCUAUUUUUUAUGACCUUAGAAUGAGCUGUAGUGAAUGAGUCUACUGUAUUUCAACUCCACGUUUUUUACAGCAGCACCAAAGAUUUGACACUCACCGGCCACUUUAUUAAGUACACCAGGCGGUGGUCAGUGAGUGCGUAUGCUGCUGUUGUAGCCCAGGUGCUUCAGACUCGAUCUCUUGUGCGUUCAGGGAUGCUUUUCUUCAUACCUUGGUUGUGAUUAUUUGAGUUACUGUUGCCUUGCUAUCACCUCAGACCAGUUAGUCCCUUCUCCGACUUCUAGCAUCAACUAGGAAUUUUCAAGCAGAUGUCUACCACUCACUGGAUUUAUUUCUCCAGAUUCAAGAUUUAGACCAUUCUCUGUAAACCUCAGAGAUAAUCGUGCGUGAAAAACCCAAUUAGCAGUUUAUGAGCUAUUCAAGUCACUCAAAUCACCUUUCUUCCCCAUUCUAAUGCUGGGUUUCAUCUUCAGGAGCUCUUCUUGACCAUGUCUUUAUGCAGUCAGUUGCUGCCUAUGUGAUUUGCCUAUUAGAGCUGGUAAUUGAGAGUAUUAUUAGAGUUGGUGGUAAUUGUGGCAUUUGUAAUGUGCAAAAUAGGUGUACCUAAUAAUGUGGCCAGUGAGUGUGUAUUAUUUUGGACUAAAAGCACCAGGAUUUCUUAUUUUUCCAUCCAUUUAAAAUGUUUUUGUCUGUCCACUUUGCAAACUAAAAACUUUGAAACUAAAUUUUGAGUUCAGUGUGUAGCUACACCUCUGCAAUGUUGGGCUUUCACCUCUUUACUUCUCUGCUUACCUGGAAUGGACUUCAUGUUUUGUUUUGUUUUUUUGUUUUUUUUUCUGGGUUGCAUUCAAUGUGAAGGUGGAGUAAUAUCUAAGGGUGGAACAUACUUAAUGUCUCUUAGGGUGAAGGGUUAAAAUCUGCAACUUCACCACUAGAUGUCACUAAAUACCACACAUUGAACCUUUAAAAUGAACUGUACAGUACAGUGGUGAACAUCUCCCAGUGUGUGUGUGUGUGUGUGUGUGUGUGUGUGUGUGUUUAUACAUGAAACUUUAAUUUAUUCAAUCCAGUCAUCCAGCUUUUUAACCUUCUGGUGGCAGUGCUGUGUGUUACCAGGUACCAAAACACAUUCUCACCAACCACAGUCUCUCUUACAAACUAUACAAGUCCAACUCAGUAUUUAUGUUGACAGAUGCUUAAAAAAUUGCCUUAAAACCUUGUUUGCCAAAAAGCGUGUUCUGUUUUCUCCUCCUUCCUGCCUUACUGUCAGUGUGUCGGUGUGAGUACACAAAUACUGUACGAAAUUGCCUGUAUGUGUCAAACUGGAUCAACAUCCUAUGUAUAUUAUGUAUCGGUGAUGUCCUGUAUUUUUAAACAGCUUUUUGAAGAGUCUGUAUAUCAUUGUUUUAUAUUUGUAACUAACACAACAGUUGACAGUUGAUGUCUAAUUUUUUUUCCCAACAUAUUUCUGAUGUCCAAUCAUCAUCUCUCUUAAACUGUGCAAUUGUUGACACCAAGCCAUGAAUUGUGUUGAAAAGCCAAAGAUUCUCAUGCAAGGGAGUAUGUAGAAAUGAAACCCAGUUUUUAACCUGCCUUGGCAUAGGAUGCUUGCCUAAAAUAUGAACUUACCUCAUUUGUUAGGAACUUUAGACAGUCUGGAAUGAGUUUGCAUUUAGCAGAAUGAUACAAAUAAGUACGUAUAAGAAUAAGGAAUUCAACAAAACUGAGUAUUUGAAAUACUUUUGACAAGCUGGAAUAUAUUAUUGUGAGGCUUUCUGAUCACACAUUCCUGAGAUACUGAAAAUGGGUUUGUUCAUUAAUGGAAAUAAAUAACUUUAAACAUCA